ACCUCACCGUGGAUAUAGGUCUCGUCCCACUUUAGACACGAAUAUAUAAGUAUGCUGAUGUAGAUGUGUCCAGUUUUCGUUCUAAAACUUUCUCGGAAGUGCGUGACAACACACAAGCCACAAAUAUGAGAUAUCAUUUAUUAAUUCUUACAGUAGGUGUAAUCGCCUUAGUUCCUCAAACAGAGAGUCAGAUAUCUGAAGAGUACCCGAACCCACCCCCAUAUCCCACUUACAACGAGGUUCCAAAAACCAAUUUUGAUUGCAAACAUCGCUGGGGAUUUUAUGCUGAUCCUGAAACCGGCUGUCAAGUUUUUCAUUUAUGCCAAUGGAGCAGUAAGAUAGCUGCAUCCUUUCUCUGUACUAAUGGCACUCUUUUCCAGCAAAACCAUUCUCAACGUUGCGACUAUUGGUACAAAGUCAAGUGCCCUACUUUUUGAUGUUUUUGAAAUCCUUUUCCAACAAUACUUUUAAAAGUAACAGUUGUUCUUAUAAUUUUACCAAACUUUACAAAUUGUUUUAUAUAACAUGGUUAUAUUUUAAAUUAUCCAAGUGACUCGUUGAAUAAAAAAUAUUUUCAAAUACACUUAGUUAAAUUCAACGUUUUCUUAUUAACAUGACAUAAUAGUACUGGUAUAAUAUAAAUGGUU